AACCGCCAAUUCCCACCCGCACAUGAACUCAUGCGACGAUGCGUCGGAUCCGCGAGCAGCAGCCGCCUCGUCCUGCACAGCUGGCGACACCGCCUUGAGGCAUCCCCGGCAACAUCCUCAUCCUCUUUACUACCCUUGAUACCGCGCCAAUUCUCUCCGUCACCGUACCGAUUCGGAUCUCGAUUUCAGCUACAGCAGACACGUCGCUACGCCGCCCCCUACCGCGCCCCGUCGGAGCUCGAGCAGCGCAUUGCCACCAUCCCCAUCGACCGAUACCGCAACUUCUGCAUCGUCGCACAUGUCGACCAUGGCAAAAGCACACUUUCCGAUCGCCUGCUGGAGCUUACCGGUACCAUCGAGCCCGGAGGCAAGAAGCAGUUCCUCGAUAAGCUCGACGUCGAACGUGAACGCGGCAUCACCGUCAAAGCCCAGACAUGCACCAUGAUCUAUAACCACGAGGGGCUCGACUAUCUGCUGCACCUCGUCGACACACCCGGCCACGUCGACUUCCGUGCAGAGGUUUCGCGCAGUUACGCCAGCUGCGGCGGUGCUUUGCUGCUCGUCGAUGCCAGCCAAGGUGUUCAAGCUCAAACCGUCGCCAACUUCUACCUCGCCUUCUCCCAGGGUCUCACCCUCGUCCCCGUCCUGAAUAAGGUCGACCUCCCCCACUCGGACCCGCCGCGCGUGCUCGAGCAGAUGCACGAAACCUUCGAAACCGACCCUGAUACCGCUAUCCUCGUCUCGGCCAAGACGGGCAAGAACGUCGCGGCUCUACUACCCACCGUCGUCGAUAAAAUCCCCGCCCCCGUGGGUGACCCCAACGGUCACCUCCGCAUCCUCCUCGUCGAUUCAUGGUACGAUGUCUACAAGGGAGUCAUCUUGCUGGUGCGCGUGUUUGACGGCCAGGUCCGACCCGGCGAUUCCAUUCGAUCAUUGGUUACCGGUCUGAAAUACAUUGUAGGCGAGGUGGGUAUCAUGUAUCCAUUGGAGACCCCGCAGACGGUUCUCCGGGCUGGCCAGGUCGGCUACAUAUACUUCAACCCCGGCAUGAAGCGAUCGCAGGAGGCAAAGGUUGGCGAUACGUACACCACGGUUGGCUCAGAGAAACUGGUGGAAAUGCUGCCUGGGUUUGAAGAGCCCAAGAGCAUGGUUUUUGUAGCUGCCUUUCCUACCGACCAGGACAAGCACGAAUUCCUUGACGACAGCAUUCAACAAAUCAUUCUCAACGACCGUAGCGUAACCCUUCAAAAGGAAUCAUCCGAUGCUCUCGGUGCAGGCUGGCGUCUGGGCUUCCUCGGCACCCUCCACUGCUCCGUCUUCGAAGAUCGUCUCCGCCAGGAACACGGCGCCAACAUCAUCAUCACCCCGCCCUCUGUCCCUUUCAAAGUCGUCUACAAAGACGGCACAGAAGCCAUCAUCACCAAUCCUAACGAAUUCCCCGACCAAGACAAAUCGCACUUCAAAAUCGCAGAAGUCCACGAACCCUACGUCCUCGCCACCAUCACUCUCCCCGAUGAGUACCUUGGCGAAGUCAUAAAGCUUUGCGAAUCUAAUCGUGGGGAGCAAAAAGAGCUCACUUUCUUCACUGCCACACAAGUCAUCCUUAAAUACGACCUCCCCCUCUCCCACCUCGUAGACGACUUCUUCGGCAAGCUAAAAGGUGCCACAAAAGGUUACGCCUCCCUCGACUACGAAGACUCAGGCUAUCACCGCUCCUCCAUCGUCAAACUCCAACUCCUCGUCAACGGCGAUCCCGUCGACGCCGUAUCCCGCGUCCUGCACACCUCGCAAGUCGAGCGCGUCGGUCGCGCAUGGGUGUCCAAGUUCAAAGAACACGUUGAUCGUCAGAUGUUCGAGGUCAUUAUUCAAGCUGCGGUUGGCCGACGUAUCAUUGCCCGCGAAACUAUCAAACCCUUCAGAAAAGAUGUGCUAGCGAAACUACAUGCAAGUGAUAUCAGUCGGCGACGCAAGCUGUUGGAGCGCCAGAAGGAGGGUAGGAAGAAGUUGAGGAGCGUUGGGAGCGUUGUCAUUGAACAAGAGGCUUUCCAGAAGUUUUUGGCAAAGUAGAUGUAGGAAUGUGGGACUGCUGUCUUACUGGCGUGAGCUCUGGUGUAUGGAUAUAUGUGUAGACUUUCUUUUUUUUUCGCUUUGUCAUUGGCGUAGGUGUGUAUUGCAUGCUACCUACUCCGUACCUGAGUAGUUAUGUAUUAAAGACUUGUAUAAAUAAUGAUUGUAUAGCAUACCAUAAAUCCCGUGGGCGGCCUUAUCACAUCAUUGCUAUUUUUCUACUCCUCUUUUUCAUCCGUUAUUUCCCUCCCUGAUCAUCCAUGACAUACGUAAUCUCCCUCGACAGACCUCAUCUUUGUAGGGGCUCUCACGGAUAUUGUGGAUCAUUGAGUUAUGGGAUCCUAGUUGUAGAACUGUAUACCAAGGCGCCCGGCACUGACAUGUAUAGCUGAGAGACGAAACCAAAGUUACAGGCAUUGCACCGAGU